AUGUCAAAUUUAUCCGUGCCAGUUUUGGAAUCGAGCCUGACAACACGCAUCUCGAUGCGAUGGGGAUCGGAAACACCCUUUGAAACUACCGACACAUUGGUGAUAACAGUUGGUGAAUGGUACGUUGACCUGCGAGUCGAUAAACAAUCCGGUAAACUCGAUUGGGCGCUGGCGGGAGAGUGUAUCCAGAAAGACAAAAAUCCACGGCGUGUGGUGUUCACCCAUGAGAUUGACUCCCACCACAAUUUCAACAUCAGCAACCCAUGUCCAUUUAUCCCGCUCCCCAAUGGAGAUGAUCUGGAGACUGGGACCAUGGCUCGACCAGAUGUACCCGGAGCGCCGAUGACGGACUAUGAAGAGGUGUGGAGGUAUCUUCCGUUUCGCGAAGGGCCGGCAGGGCCAGGGCGUGGCCUUUCGUGGAUCUUGGAGUCUGAUGAGGGUGUUUUGGAAGAGGGUCAGCACCAAGUUACCAAGAUGUUCCUAGCGCAAAUUGGGGGCUCGUAUUUGGUCCUUCAUCAGAAACAAAUCCAUACAGUUGGGCAAACAGCCCUUGGGGAACGGGCUGUUCAAAUCACCGGAGAGGAGGUGAGCGCGCGACGAGAAGAAUGGACCGAUGGCCACUGGGAGGUAAAACAUGCAUUGGGUCCAGGCAGCGAUAGCUUGCCCUCAAUGGUUAAUGGGUUAGAUGUUGAAAUGUGGGGACGCAAGAGUGGUGAGAAGGUCACCGUUGGAGGUUGUGACUUUAUUGUGCGCGCAUAUGCUGCACAUGCCCCAAGGAAAGCCAGGGGCUCUCGUCUCUAG